AUGGCGUCUUUGGACGACUACCAUUUCUUGGAGGGCUUUAAGAGACAACAAAUAAAGCUAACUACGAAAGGUAGUACGUUCAUUGGCGUCGUUCAGCGCAUUAAUCUGAACAAGACAAUCAUUUUAGAGGACGUGGUCGAAGUAGAAAGUGGUAGGAAGCUUCCCGGAGCUAAACUCUUCUUUGGACACGAAGUCCUGAACAUAGAGUUUCCCAGCGUUUCCAGAGGAGAUAAUGUGGGCAACAGUAGAGACCCUGCCAGCCUGGGCCAGCUGUGUGUGGCUGAGUUCCAGCCAUACAGGCGCAGACUGAUAGUGGAUGAUGAAGAUGAAGAACAUGUGAACUACGUGGUCGUAGACGAGUUCCAUGAGAAGUUUGGUCCUGCAGUGAUGCACAUUAAGAGACAACAAGUGAUUGGGAUUGGAGCUGAUGGAGUUGGUGUGUUCCAGCACGAGAGGCUCUGUUGGCUACAGAUUGCCACCAAAAACAAGGUCUAUCUCUUUGACAUCCUACUGCUUGGGGGCAGAGCUUUCAAGAAUGGGCUGUCCAUGAUUCUGGAAAGUAACCACAUACUAAAGGUCACUCAUGACUGUCGCUCUAUUGCAGGGUGUCUGUUGGCUCAGUUUGGAGUGAAUCUCACCAACGUGUUUGACACCCAGGUUGCUGACAUCAUGCACUUCUAUUCAGAGACAGGAGGGUUCCUGCCAGACAGGGUCAGCACGCUCCAGGAGGUGGUCAGCUUUCAUCUGAAAAUGCCCCUCAGGCACCUUUCGUCUCUCAGGAUCAAGACCCAGCUCACAAGGGAGGAUAAAGAGGUUUGGUAUGUUCGUCCUUGCCCAGUUCCUCUGCUGAAGGUCAUGGCCUUGUCAGUGAUCCACCUGCAGCCUUUGCGUCUAGUGCUCCUGGAUGCCCUCAUGAGUGACUAUACCAGCCUUGUGGACUCCUACCUGAGAAGCAGCCAAGACGAGCCUGUGCACACGCAGCACAUUGGCAAGAGUGGCUUGGAGCUUCCCAAGGAGCUGCGAGAGCUGGAGGUGAUUAGGGAGGAGCGACAGGAGUGGGCUGUGAACCAUUACCCUGUUACCGAAGACGGCCUCCUGGAGCGCUACAAUGUCAAGCCUUCCUUGGAACCACCAGAUCCUCAGAGUGUGGAGUGUCCUGGGCCAGAAGAGACAGCCUGCCCUAGGCCAUCUCUGCUAGAAGGUGAGUCAGCCUUUCCUGAGACAUUUCCAGCCCAACUCACCAGAGCUAGCGCCCCCAUCACCACAGCCGUCCCUGUGUUAGGAAGAGGGUUUACCGUGUUGCCGCCAGUAGAGGCUCCCAGAGAAAGUCUGCUGCGCAAGGAGAGUGAGCCAGUAGUUCCUGAUGGUCUGGAUUCAGUCUCUCAUCUCCCUCUCGUCUCCCUCAUGGCAGGUGUGGCCCAGAGGGGGUCCCAUCCAGCUACUGCACUGUCCUUGGGCAGAGGGCUCUUCAACACACCAGCCUCAUCUAUCAGCGCAAAGACGGGUAUUGAAAUUGCUCUGCUGCCCACAAAUCAGGCCAAUGGAUCAGCCCUUAUCUGGAACAAGGCCGUCAUCACUCUGGUGCUGGGCAGAGCACAGGAGGGACAGAGGAGGACGGCACAGAGACCUUUUUCACCACUGAUGGAUGUGACCUUCCCUUGA